AUGGUUAGCAACCCGGGCACUACGGUGGCCCCUGACACACCAGCGCCAGCGCCCCAGCCCCCGGGGGUGCUGGAGAUGACGGGCACGGACAACAUCCGCUUUAGCGGCCACACACUCGACAAGGCCACUAAAGCUAAAGUAACAUUAGAGAACUUCUACACGAAUCUCAUCACGCAGCAUUAUGAAAGGAAACAAAGGCUGGAGAAACUAGAAGAGUCCUUAAAAGAUGAAAGCCUUACAGAAAGUCAGAAACAGGAAAAGCGGCAGCAGCAUGCUCAGAAAGAGACUGAGUUUCUCAGGCUAAAACGCUCCCGCCUUGGCGUUGAAGACUUCGAGCCGCUCAAGGUGAUAGGUCGAGGGGCGUUCGGAGAGGUGCGCCUCGUACAAAAGAAAGACACAGGACACGUUUAUGCAAUGAAAAUACUCAGAAAAGCAGAUAUGUUGGAAAAGGAACAGGUAGCUCACGUGCGAGCCGAGCGGGACGUAUUAGUGGAGGCGGACCAUCAGUGGGUGGUCAAAAUGUACUACAGCUUUCAAGAUCCCAUGAACCUGUAUCUCAUUAUGGAGUUCUUGCCCGGUGGAGACAUGAUGACGUUGCUCAUGAAGAAAGACACGCUCAGCGAGGACUGCGCGCAGUUCUAUGUGGCGGAGACCGCGCUGGCAAUCGACAGCAUACACAAGCUCGGCUUUAUUCACAGGGACAUAAAGCCGGACAACUUGCUGCUGGACGCGCGGGGCCACAUCAAGCUGAGCGACUUCGGGCUCUGCACCGGCCUCAAGAAGAGCCACCGCACCGACUUCUACCGCGACCUCUCGCGAGCCACGCCCUCGGACUUCAUCUCGACGUCGUCGUCCGCGAUGGACUCGAAGCGGCGCGCGGAGUCCUGGAAGCGCAACCGGCGCGCGCUCGCUUACUCCACCGUGGGCACGCCUGACUACAUAGCGCCCGAGGUCUUCCUGCAAACCGGCUACGGUCCGCAGGCCGACUGGUGGAGCCUCGGCGUCAUCAUGUACGAGAUGCUGAUCGGAUACCCGCCAUUCUGCUCGGAGUCCCCGCAGGAGACGUACCGCAAGGUGAUGUCAUGGCGCGAGUCGCUCACCUUCCCGCCCGAGAUCCCCAUCAGCGAGGAGGCGCGAGAGACCAUCCUGCGCUUCUGCUCGGAGCCCGACCGCAGACUGGGUUCUCAGCGCGGGAUCGAGGACGUGAAGUCGGUGGGGUUCUUCCGCGGCGUGGACUGGAGCCACGUGCGCGAGCGCCCCGCCGCCAUCUCCGUGGACGUGCGCUCCAUCGACGACACCUCCAACUUCGACGACUUCCCCGACGUCAAGCUCGAGAUACCGGCUGCGCCCAUCUCUCAGGAGGGCGAGGUGGCCUACAAGGACUGGGUGUUCAUCAACUACACGUUCAAGCGCUUUGAGGGACUCACGCAGCGAGGCACUCCCACCAAGAAGUGA